CAUCCUCUGGUAAAGGCCACACUCUUAAAAGAAUGAAAUUCAUGUGGAUAGCUCUGUCAUUAUUUAUUUACUCUUCAAAGGAUUUCUUCUAAUAUCUUUUGGCGUCCCUUAAGCAUUUAUCCCAUGAAUGUCCCUCUUGAACUCCUCUCAUGAGAUAGGUUCAGAGGUCAUCACCUGAGCAAUCUUCUUUGUGUUCCCCUUUUUGGGGUGGAUGUAACUAACCUCAAAGUUGACCUAUAUGGCAUCUCCCAGGAUUGCAGUCCGCUUCAUUUCGGACUCAUCCUGGGCAACCUAAUCACCUCCUGUCAGUUUAUCAUCUUUUCUCUUGAACAUGGGGAAACAACAUCUUUGCACCAUUUCUACUGGUGCAGUCCCUAUCAUACCUACCUGGCACCACAGGUUGAGCUACAUCCCACUGAUUUGCCCUUGCCUG